UUCGCGGACGAUUCAUCUCCUUCUGCUCGAUCCUUGGUUAUUCUUCGUGCAUUAUUUCCGCUCGAAUUCACGGUGUAACCUUCUUUUUGGCGUUCUACUUUCUCUGGAAUCUUGGGGAGUUCUUAAAAUCUUUGAUUUCUGAACAGGAAUAAGUCGAGAGCAUAUCGAUGCUUCCCUUCUAUUUAUACGAAUCGAAAUCUCCGGAAGUAGAAGUACCCUUUUGAGCCAUACAAGGAAUUUUGCAUUUUGACUGGGAAUAUCUAGAAUAGGCCAUCGAUCAUCAAAUACAAGCAACCAAAGUGAGAGUAAAGGUGCAUGACUCUGCGCUUAAACGUACCCAUGAAGGCAGCAGAUAAGUCGGUGAGAGUGACACAUGUUCUUGUCUGGGCUGGGUGGUUCAUGACCUCAGUGCACUUUGGUUUAUCAUCUAUGUCUAUAAAGAAGAUCCUCUUCCCAUCCUCCUCCUCUGCUCUAGCUUGGGAUCUCAGCACUCGCAAGAAAUGGCAGAGAAGAUUGCCACGGUGAUCAUAAAGGUCGAUCUUGACUGCUGCCUCUGCUCCAAGAAGAUUAAAAAAGCUAUAUGCAAGCUCCAAAAACAAUACAAGAUCCAGUCCAUCGCCUACGAUGAGAAGGACGACACUGUGACGGUCUCCGGCCCCUUCAAUCCCGACUGCUUCAUCAAGAAGCUCUGCUGCCUCGCCUCCAAGGUGAUCAAAGACAUCCAGAUCAAGCCGGACAACCCGCCACCCGAACCGGAACCGGCUCCUCCCCCACCCGAACCGGCCCCUCCUACACCCGAACCUCCGCCGCCUCCUGGGCCCGAACCACCGCCGCCUCCUGGGCCCGAACCACCGCCGCCGCCCGCGCCGGAACCACCGCCACCUCCUGCUCCUGAACCGCCGCCGCCACCGAAGCCCGACCCGACCCCGCCCCCCGAUGUGGUGGUGAAGGCGCCUAUGUGGGCUUUCCGGACCCCGGUGUGGCCGGUCUGCUGCCACCAGCCGUGCCCCUGCUACGAGCCGCGCUACGGGUCCUGCCGCUGCUGCUCCUGCGGCCUGGUGACAGACGAACCGCCUCCACCAGCCAUGUACUACGGCGGCCCUCCGUGUUACGAGGUACAGGGCUACAAGAUCGUCUGCGAAGAGGAGCCUCCCUACGGCUGCUCCAUCAUCGUUCGUGCCAUUGAGAUCGAACGCUGUGCGUAUCCGUGUUUGUCUUCUGCUCCUCAUCAUGAAUGAGCCACCGGGGGGAUGCGAUUCACGGGUCCCUGCCGUGAUGGAGACAGCGAAGCCUCGCCCAGGGCGACAUGCUCCCGGAUGGAGAUGCGCCACCUACCGUUCAUGGCGAUGGCGAAUAAUGAAGCUCGUCUCCAUGCGCCGCCGUGCACUCCGCUCCCAGAUGGCCCCAUCGCCAUUGUGGUCCGAGCGGGCAAAGCUGGGUGUUCUCCCCGCGCCAAAGCAGUGACAUUUGCAGCUCCACGACGACGGAUGGGUCGCUCCUCCGCCCCCAUGUUGCAGCAUCAGAUCCGCGUCUUUGUCUCGUAAAGGAAACGGUUGUAACGUGGACAUUGCAUUACGGUUUUGGCCAAACACUUUUAAGAUCAAG